UUCUGAAAGGACAUCCCAACUAUCACAAUCGUCCUCCCACCAACAACAGAUGCUCCAUCCUCUCUGUUCAACCAGUGGCCAAGGUGCAGUAUCCUAAGGGGAAUCAAACCAAGAAGUCUAACUGGGCUAGACAGUGACACAGUGGACAAUCAUCAGAGCUAUUCAUUGGAGAAGCAGAAGAACCAAACCAAACCACACCUGGCUGCAUGCAGACCACUCACACCAGUUGGAGGAGCAGUUUGGGCCACGGAAUGGCACUUCUCCUGAGUCUUCUCUGCACCUUGUGCCUGGUGGGGCAAGUUCUUGGCCAGGACAUGCCUUAUGAGGAAUAUAUGGCCCAGAUUCAAGCCUGCCCUAAAGAGUGUCGCUGCCCCCCCAACUUCCCUCGUGCUGUCUACUGUGAUAAUAAAGCCCUGAAGAGCAUCCCCAAAAUCCCUACACACACAUGGUAUCUCUACCUGCAGAACAAUCUAAUUGAGGUCCUGUCAGCUGAUGCCCUGCGUAACGCCACACAGCUGCGCUGGCUGAACCUAAACCGCAACAAAAUCUCCAGUGAGGGAGUGGAAGAAGGUGUCCUAAGUACAAUGUCUCACCUGGCGCACCUCUACAUGGAUGACAACCUCUUGUCCUCUGUGCCAUCUCCCCUGCCAGCUAGCCUAGAGCAUCUACUUCUCUCUCGCAAUCGAAUUUCCAAGAUCCCUGCUGGUGUCUUCAUUGGUCUGGAUAAGCUCAACCUCUUGGACCUCCAGGGGAACAAGCUGAUGGAUGAAGAUGUGACUGAGGUGAGCCUGAAGGGUCUAAACAACCUGGUACAAAUCAAUCUAGCCAAGAACCAGCUGAGUAGCAUGCCACUCGGCUUACCACCCACCACUACCCAACUUUUCCUUGAUGGCAACAAUAUUGAGAAGAUCCCAGCCAGCUACUUCAAAAGUUUGCCAAAAGUGGCAUUUCUGAGGCUCAACCACAACAAGCUUGGCAGCAGUGGCGUUCCAAAAAAUGUGUUUAACGUCUCCAGCAUUUUGGACUUGCAGCUGUCCCACAACCAGCUGACUGAGGUUCCCCUCAUUCCCUCAGGCCUUGAACACCUUCACCUUGACCACAACAAUAUCAAAAGUGUAAGUGGCGCCAACGUCUGUCCUGUCGCCGUUGACACUGUGGAUGACUCUAUCAAUGAAAGUGUUCCUCGACUGCGCUACCUUAGACUGGAUGGCAAUGAGAUUAAGCCACCGAUUCCCAGGGAUGUCAUUCUGUGCUUCCGUCUCCUGAGGUCCAUUGUCAUCUAAAAUAAAUCCUAAUUAAAUUCUAAUUUCCUUCAACUGAUGAUAUGUGAAUCCAUGCAACAAUGGUGAUAUGAGUACUUUUUGCAUGUUUGUGAAGCUCAAAUAUUUGACACUAGUUGGCAUCAACUUGUUUCAUUGCUGUGAAUUAGGAAAAAGUUCCUUUCAGUUCCAGAAAACAUUGAUAUUUUAAUAAAAUCUAAAAGAAAGUACAACAUUGACAAGGAACUGAUGGGUUAGAUGCUUUACUGAUGCUGCAAUAUGUUGACAAUUAGAUGUGCCUUAUUUUGGUGUAAACAUCUGCAUGUACAAUUCAGAAUGAAAAUCUGAUUAUAAUAUAGCAUGACAGUGAUUUAGACGGAUAGGAGGACAAAAUGUGUUGAUGACAUGUUGAGGACUCAUUGUCAUUAUGCUUCUUUGAGCAGGAGGCAAAGCUUAUUAAUACAUUGGUAAAAUAUCACUUUUUAUUUUUUUCUAAUAUUUCAGGAAAACCUUUGCUUUAUACUUAUAGACUUAAAGCCAAAUGACUGAUCUUGUGUUCUAGGUUUAUGGUCUUUCUAUUCUAUAUCAUGCUUAUUUACUGUAGGUAAUUUAUUUGUAUUUAAUAUUGUGGGAAAAUAAGUAGAAACCUGUGAAUAUUCAUGGCCAAUAUUCCUUAACGUUUUGUAUACAAAGGAAUGGGAUAACUGUUUUUAAAAAAUUCCAACACACUUUUUAAUUCUGGUUAUUAUUCUGAAUAAACUGAGCAAGAGAUUUCA